AAAAAAUCGAAACCUUGGCCAAAACUUUGGAGGGGCAUAACUUGAAGGACCGUAAUUCUAGUUCGGAUUCCAAUCAGAGCUCUAACCUGGGAAGUGGUCUGCCCAGCGCCCGAACCUUAAGAGGAGGCCAAAGCGUUGUGGCUCGAGGCCGUCAUUCUACCUAUGAUGGGGCCUCAUCCUCGACCAUUUCAAUGCCAGGAUCUGCAAGCCAAUCCCUUUACUCUACUGGAUCCAGGGGAUCCUCUCUGAGUGGAUCUGGCAGAUAUGAUGGUACUGUGAGCCCAUUGCAAUCCCCCCGGAGACAUAACAACCAAUUGACCCCCGGUUUAGGUGGGGAGGUGAAUCGGCGGAAUCGGCGAAAUCGACAAAUGGACGAACAAAGGUCGAUGAGUGUCAGCCCAAGCAUGCGGAAUUGAUCGAUAUUUUGCAUCAUUGUUUGAUUUCCUACUCUGAAGUUUAUGCUUCCACUGGCUUUCUACUAUUAGGAAUCAAAUUUUAUAAGGAUGAAUUAAUCACUAAGUACUUGAUUUGAGAGUGUAGUGAGAUGCUGAUUAGGGCGAAUCUCCCAUAUAAACCAUUGCUUGUGAACUAAAUAACCAUUUUAGUAUUCAACACACUUUGAGUAGUCUUGCAGCUCUCAUUGAGUCAAAGGGCAGGUUAAGUACGUACAUUUUAUUUCAUAAGGUCUUUGGAAGAAAAUAUAAUCACCGGUGCAAUGUUA